AUGCCGGGUCUCGUGUCCGCGACCGGCGUACUGGGCUUCUUGUCCGACGAGGAGCCGGAGCUCAAGGUUUUUGCGCUAAAGACCUUGAACGAUGACAUCGAUACAGUUUGGACCGAGGUCGCGGGGGCGCUGAGCCAAAUUGAGGCCCUGUUCGAGGACGAGAGCUUCCCGGAGCGCCGGCUCGCUGCCCUCGUGCUCGCCAAGGUCUAUUUCCACCUCCAGGCUUACAAUGAGAGCAUGACUUUUGCCCUGGCCGCUGGGCCUCUCUUCAAGCUUGACGCACCCGGCGAGUUCGAGGAAACCAUUGUUUCCAAAUGCGUCGACCAAUACAUCGCCGUCUCCUCGUCGCGCCACACCCCAUCGAAGGUGUCCAAGAACGAUAUUGCUCUGCCGGCCUUGGCGACGACAUUUGGCAGCGGUUCUCUCGACGGAUCGGCCCUGAUCUCGCCCACGACGCCGUUCUCUCAGUCCACCCUGCCGUCCAAGUCACUCCUCUCGCGUGACUCUGUCGACAACACCAUCCUCGACCCGACCUUCCAGCCCACCAAAGAGGGCCGGUCCUCUUCGGUCGCCCAGAUAACCGACAACACUACAUGGUCUGCUUUGGAACAGGUCAUCGAGCGGCUCUUCGAGAGCUGCCUUGUUGAGGGCAAGUACCGACAGGUGGUCGGUAUUGCAGUAGAGGCGAAGAACCUGGACGUUCUCCGCCGCGUUAUCAAGCGGGCCAGUGAGGAGGGGAAGCGCGACAAGUCCAAAGCGCAAGAGGGCGGCCAGGGGCCGGCCGAGGAGUUAAUGGACUAUGCUCUGAGCAUCUGCAUGGACAUUGUCCAGGAACGCGGACUCCGCACCGAGAUUCUGCGCCUUAUCCUCGACCUACUCAACGAUAUUCCGAACCCCGAUUACUUCUCUAUUGCCAGAUGCGUAGUUUACCUUGAUUCGGACGAGGAGGCGUCUUCGUUACUUCUCCAACUCAUCACCAAGGGCGAUAACAAUGCGAUUGCCAUUGCCUACCAAAUUGCAUUCGAUCUCUACGACAACGGCACGCAGGAAUUCCUGGCCAAGGUAAUCAAGUCUCUACCUUCUGGCGAGCCUCCCAAGAAACCCGAGGCGCCGAAACCGAGCGAGGACGCCACCGAAUCCGAGCCGCUCCUCGAGAAUGAAGAAGAAGCGGAGGACGACGAGGGUGAGGAGCUGCCUGAGGAGGUGGCCAAGGUCUACAGGAAUAUCCGGUCUAUCCUGAACGGCAGCACAACCAUCAAGUUGAACCUGGAGUUCCUCUACCGCAACAACCAUACCGACCUCAGCAUCCUUAACAAAGUCCGGGAUAGCCUCGAGGCCCGCAACUCGAUUUUCCACACUGCCGUCACCUUCUGCAACGCCUUCAUGAACGCGGGAACAACCCACGACAAGUUCUUCCGCGACAAUCUCGAGUGGCUGGGCAAGGCCGUCAACUGGUCCAAAUUCACGGCCACUGCGGCGCUCGGUGUUAUCCAUCGUGGUAACAUCAGCCAGUCCCGCAAGCUCCUCGAGCCUUACCUCCCCAAGCAAGGAGGUGUGUCGAGUGGUUCCAUUUUCAGCCAGGGUGGUGCUCUGUAUGCUUACGGCCUGAUUCACGCCAACCACGGCGCAGAUGCGCUUGAGUACCUCCGGACUAUGUUCAACGCUGCGGACGAGGAGGUCAUUCAACACGGAGGCGCUCUUGGCCUUGGUCUUGCCGGCAUGGCUUGCGGCGACGAGCAAAUCUACGAGGAGCUGAUCAAGGUCCUGUUUGCGGAUGAAGCCCUCAACGGUGAAGCAGUUGGUCUGUCUGUCGGCCUCAUCAUGCUGGGCACGGGCAACGCGACAGCUCUAGAGGCGUUGUUCACCUACGCUCACGAAACUAGCCACGAGAAGAUUGUGCGCGGUUGCGCCCUCGGCAUGGCGCUCAUUAUGUAUGGGCGACAGGAGGGCGCCGACGGCAUGAUCGAUGGCUUGCUGAACGAUCCUGAUCCGACUCUGCGGUAUGGCGGUAUUCUGACCGUGGCUCUGGCGUACUGUGGAACCGGGAGCAACAAGGCCGUCCGUAAGCUCCUUCACUCUGCCGUCAGCGAUGUCAACGAUGAUGUCCGCCGCAUUGCCGUCAUGAGUCUCGGUUUCAUUCUGUUCCGCAAGCCUGGCAGUGUGCCUCGCAUGGUCGAGCUGCUUGCCGAGUCGUACAACCCUCACGUCCGUUAUGGUUCCGCGAUGGCCCUCGGCAUUGCGUGCGCCGGCACCGGUCUGGAUGAGGCAAUCGACCUUCUCGAGCCGAUGAUGAAGGACCCGACCGACUUUGUCCGCCAAGGCGCGCUGAUCGCCCUGUCCAUGAUUAUGGUUCAGCAAAACGAGACCAUGAACCCCAAGGUGACAGCCAUUCGCAAGACGCUGAAGAAGGUGGUCGGCGACCGGCACGAGGAUGCCAUGACCAAGUUCGGCGCUGCGCUUGCGCUGGGUAUUCUGGAUGCUGGUGGCCGGAACUGCACCAUCGGCCUCCAGACCCAGACCGGCAACCUCAACAUGGCAGGUAUUGUCGGCAUGGUGGUGUUCACGCAGUACUGGUAUUGGUUCCCGUUCACCCACUUCCUGUCGCUCAGCUUCGCUCCUACGUCGAUCAUUGGUCUCGACCACGACCUGGAGAUGCCGAGCAUCAAGUUCCACUGCGCCACCCGGCCGAGCCUGUUCGACUAUCCGCCCGAGCAAGAAGUGAAGGUGGAGGAGGGCCCUGCCUUGGUCUCCACGGCCAUUCUAUCUACGACGGCCCAGGCCAAGCGCCGUGCGCAAAAGAAGGAGCGUGCGCAGCGCCGGGAGAGCAUGGACAUUGACACGCCUACCGUUAGCAAGACACCGGCUCCGGCGGGGGAUAAGAUGGAUGUGGAUGAGGAGAAGAAGCCGAAGGAGGAGUCCAAGGAAAAGGAGAGCGAUGCGGCGACGGAGAAGGAGGGCUCGGCCGUUCCGGAGGGCAAGAAGAAGCCCGAGAAGGAGAAGGUCGGCUACGAGAUUGAGAACAUGUCCCGCGUUCUCCCCGGCCAGCUCAAGUACCUCAGCUUCCCGGCUGGGCGGUACAAGCCGGUCAAGAAGCCUACUGGCGGCCCGGUUCUUCUCGACGACACGCAGCCCGACGAGCCCAAGGAACUGAUCGAAGAAAAGCUCAAGAAGGCCACUACAGAACGGGCGCCCGUUGCGACUGCCACGACCGGCGCGACGCCCCGUAAUGCGGCGCAGUCGCUCCUGUCGAACUGGUCCUCCCGGGCGAUGGCCGGCGGCGCCGGUGGUGUGCCAGAGAUUAGCGACCUGCUCCAGCUUGGGCUGGGCGGUCAGGACGGACGCUCUGCUGCGAGGACGAGUGGUGCAGCCGCGGCAGCUGGUGUGCUGACUGCUGUGGAUGAGGACAACGAGGGGGAUGAGGAGGCACCGGUCCCGGAGGACUUUGAGUACUUCACUGAUGGCGGUGAAGACGAUGAGUAG